GUAGGGGGACUCUCUACUCUCCCAUUAUUUGACUGGCUGCAGGUAUUGGUGUCUGCCUCCGUGCGUGCGUGCGUGUCACCGCAUGCGCGUGUAUGUCUGCGUGCGUGUGUGUGUAUGUGUGUGUCUGUGACAGAGAGAUAAAGAGAGAGAGAAAGAGGAGCAGCGUUUCAUCUCCCCCCCUCUGGCCUCCCCGUCUCCCUGCUCCCUGUCACUCCGUCCUUCCUUCCCUCCCGGACCACCCCGUCAGCGGCUGCGCCGGCCCGGACCCUCCACCCAUCACCCCCUUUGACUCUCCUCACUCCACCGUCCCGCCUUGUCAACUGCAGAAUCAUCUCCUCAGUAUAAGAAGAAGAAGAAAAUCUUUGAUUAUAUCCACAAACCCCUUUAAAAGAAAAACAAGGUUUAGGUAGAACUGCACUGGACAGACUGACCUCUCCCCAGUUUUCUGGAAGUGUGACAGCACUUGGUCACAUGACCUGGAAGAGAAAACCCAAGAGACCUUUUGGAUCCCUCUCUGAAUGGGCCGAUUAUCAACCUGGAAAGAAGUCUAAAGGCUGAUGUGCUGAUCCGCACGGUGACACAGCUGCGCGCGCUCUCUCUCCUCCUCCUCGCAAAGUCUGCCUGACCCUCGCCAUUUAUGCCCUGAGAGCCGCAACCGUGCGCAACUCCGGUGACUGGUUGGCUGCCGUACCAUCUCUCUCUUCCUGCUCCUGGGGAUUUCCUGUCACGUGACCAUACUCCUGCUUCUCCUCCAAUCCCAGAAUGGAACCCAGCAAAGUGCAGUCAGAGGGCGGGCUUAAUGUCACCCUCACCAUCCGCCUCCUCAUGCAUGGCAAAGAAGUUGGAAGUAUCAUUGGAAAGAAAGGGGAAACUGUGAAGAAGAUGCGUGAGGAGAGCGCUGCUCGCAUUAACAUCUCGGAGGGGAACUGUCCAGAGAGAAUUGUCACCAUCACAGGACCCACAGAUGCCAUUUUUAAGGCUUUUGCCAUGAUUGCCUACAAGUUUGAAGAGGAUAUAAUCAACUCCAUGAGCAACAGUCCGGCCACCAGCAAGCCCCCCGUCACCCUGCGGCUGGUGGUCCCAGCCAGCCAAUGUGGCUCUCUCAUCGGAAAAGGUGGCUCGAAGAUCAAAGAGAUGAGAGAGUCCACAGGAGCUCAGGUGCAGGUUGCUGGAGACAUGCUGCCUAACUCCACAGAGCGCGCCGUGACAAUCUCGGGCACCCCUGAAGCCAUCAUCCAGUGUGUCAAACAGAUAUGUGUGGUCAUGCUGGAGUCCCCACCGAAAGGUGCCACCAUCCCCUACCGCCCAAAGCCCGCCUCCACCCCCGUCAUUUUUUCAGGUGGCCAGGUAAGAGCCGACCCGCUGGCGGCGUCCGCAGCCAAUCUCAGCCUUUUACUGCAGCACCAGCCACUGCCUGCUUACACAAUUCAGGGACAAUAUGCCAUUCCACAUCCAGAUCAGUUGACCAAGCUCCACCAGUUGGCUAUGCAGCAAACCCCCUUUACCCCCCUUGGACAGACCACCCCUGCUUUCCCCGGUCUGGAUGCCAGUCCCCCGGCCAGUACUCAUGAACUCACCAUUCCCAAUGAUCUAAUAGGCUGCAUAAUCGGGCGCCAGGGAACCAAAAUCAACGAGAUCCGUCAGAUGUCUGGAGCACAGAUCAAAAUCGCUAAUGCCAUGGAAGGGUCAUCAGAGCGCCAGAUCACCAUCACAGGAACCCCCGCCAACAUCAGCCUUGCCCAGUACCUCAUCAACGCAAGGCUGACGUCUGAAGUCACUGGAAUGGGCACUCUCUAAUUUCUACCCAUCAUCCUUCACUGCAUCACAUGACCCCUGAGCCAAUGGCAUUGCACCUAGUUUGUUUUCUCUUUCUCUGUACUUGAUUAUCCUGUAUUUUAAGUGAUUAUAGCUCAUUUAUAUUCUAUGAUCUCUACAUAUUUAAAAGUCUCCAGUUCAGUGUCGUUCCUACUGGUCCUGCGUUGUUAUCUUGAUGCUCCCUAAUUUCUCCUAACCUCUUGAUUUUGAAGGACACUUUACUUUUUUGACACUCUAGUACCUUUCAUGUCACUCUCUGGCGCUCUUGUUUGCCAUAGAUUUUCACUGUGAAUUCACAUCUUUCAUUGUACUUUUUCGUUGUUUGUUUGUCAUCCAAUCCAUAUUCUCCUGUGAGAUCUGCACGGCUGCUAUCAGAAGACCAAUCACUACUGCUGAUUUCUUCAAAAAUCAAAUUGGUAAUUAGUAAAGCAAGUGAAGCUCGAAACUGAAGGCUUUUACCUUUUACAGCAGGUAUCAGAGACAGCAGUGUAUCUCACACCUGAAUUGCCCCAGAGAUUGGUGGGUUGUUGCACUCUUGCAUUUUUUACACCACUGUUUUUGCUGCAUGACACAACAUCAUCAUUAUCAGCCUGCAUUCUGCAUUCACUUUCAGAGCUGCUGACCACAAAAAAACAAACAAACAAGAAAAAAACAUAAAUACAAAAAUAGCUUAUAUCCUGUAUUUUGUGUUCACUGUGUUACAGCAUGGUCAAAGAUCCACACCACAAAUGUAAGCUGAAUAUGACAGAAUUUGUUUGUAGUCUAUUUUCAUACACAAUAUCUUUGUAAUAGUUGGUAAUAUCUUACAAAGUUAAAAAAAAAAAAACUGAAAAAUUAAAGGUUGCUGGUGUCUUUGAAAGUGAAAAAAGACAGGCUGAUAAUAAAACCUGCCCCUUUUCUCUUCCCAUUGAGACAUGUAUGGACGUGUGUCAUACAUGCAUACCGCCCAGCACAUUAUUACUUUUAUUUCACAUAUUGUUCUCCAGACGUUCCACCAAAACUCCAUCCAUUAGACGAGAACGAGCGAGACGCGCAUGUGCCAGCAUACUUCACAUGCAGACGAAAGGUUGACAGCUUUUUGCACAUGUAAAUGAACACAGCCAGCGAAAGUGCCAAUGAUCACAUCUCUUCAGCAUGGCAAUAUGUUUCUCAGUCGUCCAUAUGGCACCACAUCCAUCAACAUAGGAUCAGCUUGAUUUUUGACCAUUGCCUUAGGGCAGUGUUCACUAACACUCCUGGAGAUCUGUCUUUCUGUACGUUUCAUGAGAGUCCAAAUGUGAUACACCUCAUUCACCUACUCAAGGACCUCUGAAGGCAAUAAUUAGAAGGAUCAGGCGGGGUUGAUUAGAAUGGAGCUAAAGUCUGCAGGAAGGUAGAUCUCCUGGAGCAGUGUUCAUGAACUCUGCUUUAGGGCCAUAAGUUCAGAUGAGAAUCAUAGCACAGAGAUCCACAGACAAUAGUGGGGAGAGGAUCACUUUUAUCUCUUUCUAAUGCAUUACGUUCUGUGAGCUGAAUCCUACAGUGCUGUUAGGUACCCUGGACCCCAGUCUGUCUCCCUGGUAAUCAUGAUUGUUUUUUGACAUAUUUACUUCACUUUUGAUCCUUGUUGUGCAGUCCAAAUCUCCAGCUGAUAUAGUUUUCUUUGUGUGAUGGCUGUGCUGAACUCACCAUUACUGAACAGGUCUUUCGCCACGCACAGCUUUAGUAGUAUACUAAGCAGUGUGUGACUAGACUCGCUGUCUGUAUUUAGACCCACCAGGCAACAUCUACAGAGAUACAGCCCAUCGUCUCGCUGUUCCAUGCAAUCACUUGUACUUCCCAGGACCUUUAGGUUUUUAAUCUGGUGUUAACGUUUCAUGGUGAGACCCUUUCAGAGCCAUGUGUAGCAUUUAUUUGAUGGUUUGAUUCGGUAUAGCCAUCAAAGCCCCAGGCUUUAGCUCUGGCCGUUUGCAUUCCUCCUGAAGGUGGCAUUCCAACCGUCAGUCCUUUUAAGAGCACAUUGCCUCCCCCGAUCCAAGUAACUAGACCUUAUCAGUGUUAAUAAACUAGCUGUGUUCAUCCUCAACAUUUAAAUCUGAUGAGAUUUGAUACUGAGGCUGAGAGUUGAAUGUAAUUUCUUCAGCGCUGACUAUUCAGUCUUUAAACUGAUCUUCACAGUUUCUAGCUCUCUUCAUGAUAGCACUGCUCCAGAUUUGGCUGCAAAAUGUCUAUUUAGUGCUCCAAAGAAGGAUCAGUUUCUGGUUUUCUAGACUCAGACUUGAGACAGUCUUGAGCUAAUUCAAACAGUAGAGAUUAGCUAUUGAGACUGGGAUUAAUCUGUGUCUUGAAUACCCACUCCUUAAAUUCUUUACAUGCACUUGACUAAAUGUAUUCGUUUGUAGAAAUCCAGAUAAAAGCUACUCAGAUGCUGUAUAUGGUGUCUGCUGGAGAUCAUAGCAGCCCUACCACACUGUGGAACAAAUUAAAGAUAUGCAACUGAAUGUUAAUCCACCACACAAUAUUUUCUGAGGUAAUUGAACUGAAGUUUAUUCGUGAAUUAUUUUCAGCUGUGAGCUCUUUUGUAACUUUGGGGAAAAAGAAGUAUGCACACAAUCAUCUUAGGAAAGUGGCGCACAUGACUGAGAUGAUAUAAUACUGUCGCGUAAACGGCUUUGAAAAGGCUAAGUAAACUGAGAUUCUAGUUUUUUUGUUUGUGUUUGAGCAUCAGUAAUCUGCUAGAGAUUCUUUUCUUUUAUCUCAGUUACAUUAUGUUUUGCACUGUAGGACUUUGUGUCAGUGUCUUAGGCUGUUUUUAAUCAUUCAGUUAGAUUGUAUGUUUCAACAAGACUGUGUCUUGUUACUAUUUGUAUGGAAUGUUCUGUUAUGUUUUGGUCUAUAAUGUGCAGUACUGUAGCUCAUUGUACAGAAGCAUAAUAUUCUCACAGCAUGCUUCAUAACUGUGACACUUCCAAGAAGCUUAGGGCUUUGCGAAGGGAGGCAGUAUACCAUUUUUUUGUUUUAAUUAUUAUUAUUAUUAUUAUUAAUAUUAUUACUACUACAAAUGCAAUAAAAUCAGUUAGGAGUGCGACGAUGCAAUGAUCAAAACUCAAAUGCAAACAUGGUUCAGAGUUGUUUUUUCUUCAAACUGCUUUUUUGCUUUCAUUCAUCAUCUUUGUCCAUCACUACACUGCAUUUGCUUGUUUUCAUUCAAGUCACAUACUGUAUUUGCACAUGUAACUUCAGUAACUCAUUUGCAGACAUUUACUGUUGCUGACAUCUAAUUGCAUACAAAUCCAUUUUUAUUCAUGUUAUUUUCUUUGUUCACUUAUAGCUUUUUCAUUGUACUAGAGCAGCAAAAAAAACCAAGGGCCCUUUUCCUGUUUGUGCUUCUGUAAAUUAUGCUGUUUGGAAAUGUAACAAAGUAAUUAUUUAACAUUGGAUAAUUUGCUGCUUGCAGGUCUGUAUUAGUUUUAAAUUACUGAGGUUAGGUUACAUUUGAACUGUUUUGUAAAAGGAGAAAAAUAAAGUUUCUUUUUCCCUUGA